GCCAUUCUCAUGGACACGCAGCCAGGCCAUUCGCCACGAAGCGGCUGAUGUUUGUAAACAGAAGAACAACUCUGUUUUUGUUUGGAAGUGAAAAACAAAAUAAAUGAAGCAAUUUUCGUUGACGGGAAACUAGAAUGCCUACGCUGUGCCGCACUUGCGGCCAGGAGGCGCAGCAUUCAAGGACGCUGUUUGACAAAGACGCCACUGACAUUCUGUUCGACGUCCUGAAACUGACUGGGAUUUGGUUUACUGACAAGCAGGGCAUGCCCACGCGUAUCUGCAUGUCCUGCCAGCUAGACCUUAAGGAAGCUAUUGCCUUUCGGGAGCGCUGCAUCAGGUUGAACAAGUUUUGGUUCGAGGAGCGAGAUAUUAAUGAGGAACUAGAAACUGCGGGCAAGGAGGCGGAUUUUGAAAUGCUGCCAAGGGAUGCUCCGCAGGGUAGGAGGAAAGAGGAUGCUAUAACAUAUGAGGUCUCAACUGAGAUCUUGGAUCCCUUGAUGAACGAAGAAACUAUUAAGGUGGAGAAAGAAUCCCUACUUUCAGAAGCUGAGCCCGUGGAUUCUGGCAAUCAGCAGCUCCUAGGAGUUGAAGAGCUAUCGUACCCUGAAACACGCAAAAAGAGAGGCAGACCACCCAAAAGGCAAAGCGAAUCCUUGGUAAUAAAGCCGUCCCGGAAGAAAUCCGAAAAAGAAGCGACUAGGAGAAAAUGGGCAAGGGCAAAGAGGAUUCACGCAAGGGAGGAGGGCCUAUACUUUUGUGACCAGUGCGGAAAAUCCUUCAGCGAGAAGGGCAACUUUAAUGUCCACCUCACGCGUCACACAGGCCUAAAGCAGUUCGAGUGCGAGGAGUGCGGUCGCAAGGAGUUCACACUUCACCUUCUGAAACUGCAUGUGCGGAUCAAGCACCGCGGAGAGCUGCCUUAUGUGUGCAAGUACUGUGGCCAGCGAUUCGACAACUGCAUCAAGAGAUUGCGGCACGAGCGUGGACACAAGGAGAGCCCUGUCCAUCGGCCGCAUACGUGCGCCAUUUGCAAGAAGGCCUUUAAGGACAAGAUCACCCUGAGGUUCCAUGCCGUGGUGCACACCGGCGAACAGGCAUUUCACUGCGAGCUCUGUCAGGCUAGCUUCAAUCGGAAAAGCAGUUUGCGAACUCAUUUUCGCUCAAAGCAGCACAUAAAAAGGACGAAGGAACAGGAACAGAAAAAAUCAGGCGAUCAGGAUGGUUCUAUUUAGGAGGAUGGGUAAACUAUUUAGAUUAUUUUCCAUUUAUUUUUAACAUAUUUAUACAUAUGUAUUUUUUGUGGUUGUUAAUUAUUUUGAAAGAUCUUAAAACAAAAAAUUCUUAUGUAAGAAACGUAAAUACAUAUGUAUUUUAUUUUAUAAAAGUCUAGUUUUAGUAGCUUUCAAAGCAUUUACAUUAGGUGUACAUGGUAAAAAUAAACAAAAAUAUGGUUAAAACUGCCUUUUUACAAUUAUAAGCGUCACUUUUAUA